CACAUUCAACACAAAGCCUCUCAAUCACCAAAAAAACCUUCUCAUUCACAACACAAAACCUCUCACACUCGUUGCAAAAACUUCUCUUGCUCAACAAAAAAAUCUCACAGGUGACAAAAAAAUUCCAAACAUACCCCAAAAACUACACCCUAUGUUACACUCACCAAAAAAUGUCUCAUACUUACCAAAAACCCUCUCAAACUCACCAAAAAAUCUCUCAUUGUGGCAAAACACCUCUCAAACUCACAAAAAGCUUCACAUUCACCCAAAGAAACUCUCACAAGCAAAAAAAAACUCAAACUCACCCACCAAAAAACUCUCAACUCACCCAAAAAACUCACACAUACACACCAUAAGGUAAGCUUGUUUUAAUUUGUAGUUGUUUUCAUUUGCUAAUUUAGCAUGUUGUGUGUGUGUGUGUGUCAUUAUCUCAUAACCAUCGAGUCAGCGUCUUGUGACCCAUUUCCUUCCUGAAUUGCUGUGUCGGGAUAGCUAACGUGCGUUUAUGCGGUUCUACACGCAUGUGUGUGUGUUCAACAUGCGCGCCUGUGUGCUGCUGCUGCUGGUGAAUCCUGUUAUCACAGGAAGUGUAUCGUCGUCCUCGUUGCAUGUGAACGUCUCGGACGUGGUCAGCGUGCUGCGAGGACAAGACGCAGUCCUGGGCUGCUCCUUCACUCAUCCUAAACAGGAUGCCACCAGCAUCAAGGUGAGCUGGACCGCCAGACUCCCCACCGUGAGGCCAUUUUUCCAGUGUGUACUAAAGAACGACAUGCCAACUGCGCCCACCGACUGUUUGGGCUUCGAUCGCUUCUCGUUGACCUGCGACCUCCGCCAAGGCGAGUUGUCGCUCCUUAUCAGAGGCGUCGAGGUGAAGGAUGAUGGUGUUUACUUCUGCCAUGUGGUGCCGGAUGGAGGCCGGACGCAGAGGAAGGAGUUAACUCUGAAAGUACAAGUGAAGCCUUCAAUCCUGAGCCUGUCAUUGGUCAAUGGCAGCUCCAGCGCCCCCCACAGGCUGCAGUGUGUGGCGGAGGGCAAACCACUGCCCAGGAUCACCUGGCUGUCGGCCUCCGGUUGCCCGUUAGCGUCGGCGUUACCGGCGCAGGUGCAGACUUCAAUGGCGGGUCUGAAACAAAGCAGCUCCGUCCCGUACGACGAGCAACAGGGUGAGCUCACAUGCAGGGUGGAGAGCGUGCUGGGGCGGGCCGAGCAGACGUACCCGCCUGCGAACAUAGCCAGGCGCGCGGCCCUGAUAUGCGGCGGCGUCGCUGGAGCGCUGCUGCUGUUGGCCAUGUGUGGUGUUGUCAUCCAUCGGCUGAGGCUCAGAGCAGAGGAAGGACCCCUGCAUUCCUCACAUAAUCCCGACAGCAGCGCCGAUGAGGUUCAGACUGUUUAUGCCACUAUUGGUCUUCCUGAGGCCUGUGAAGGUGUGUCAUCCACACAUGUUCACACACAGGGACAAGCUGUUUUGUACUCGACUGUGAAACUCAACUAAUCAUCUUCAUCUCCUUCAUCAUCCGAGAAGUUGUCAUCUCCAAGCUUCACUGGCGGCGGAGUCUAAAUAAAAAUGUUGCUUGCAGGAGUUUGAAUUUGUUUUGUCAUACCAAUAUAGCGGCACUCGGAUGACACGUCAGGGUGAUCCAAAGUACUUUGUAAUCUCUGCAUGAUUUCUUCACCUGCUCAAACUUUCAUUUUCAACCACAACCACUCAACUGUAAGUGAAAGAGCUUGCUGCCUAUUUCACUUCCAGUCGUUGACCCUUUGUAGUGCAGCCGAUGCAUUGCUGCCUUUGGAGUGCAUUUUUUAUUGAUUUUGUGUUUCGUAAUCGUUUGUUGUCUUUCUGUAGUUGUUUGGAGCUUUUGUGUAGUCUUUUUGUUGUAUUUUUUGUUGCAAUUUUUUGUGUUCAUAAGUUGUCUUUUUGGAGUCUUCAUAGUCAUUUCUUGUCUUUGUUGUCUACUUUAAUCAUUUUGGAGUUUGCUUAUCCUCACGAGGGCGUGGUGGAGCCUAUGCCAGCUGACUCUGGGCGAGAGGCUGGGUAUACCCUGA